AUGAUAUGUGUGUGCCUUUCGCUUGAAUUCAGACAUGGACUAGAUCUCUUUGAUAUAAGAUUGUUGAUGAAUGGAGGUCAUGGAUUUCUAAUCAUCAAGUACUUGCAAGGAUAUGACUACAACUUCACCCUUCUAACCAUAAAGGGUGCAGGAUAUACAGUCCCAGAAUACAAGCUACAGGCAGAUGAUGAUGAAGAUGCCUUGGAGGAGGAAGAGCAGGAGCUUCCAUUUUCAGCUACAAGAGGCAAUUGUCUGCUUCUUUUACCCCCCCUUCAUGAUGCCAUUGCUUCCUUUAAUCAUGUAAUUCAUAUGAAUCCUCUGCCUUCUAGGGUUCAUUUUAAUAGAUUCUUAUCUGCCCUCCUGAAAAUGAAACAAUAUCACACUGUCCUUUCCAUGUCCAAAACAAUUGAAUUGGUCGGAAUCUCUCACGAUGUUUAUUCUCUUAGCAUCUUAAUUAAUUGCUUCUGCCACUUACAUCUUGUGGAUUUUGGCUUCUCUGUUUUUGGUAAGAUGCUCAAAUUCGGAUUGGAGCCUACCACUGUGACAUUUAAUAGCUUAAUUAAUGGGCUUUGUAUGGAGCGUAAAAUCAAUAAAGCUGUGGAAUUUUUUGAUGAUAUGGUUGCACGUGGUUAUCAACCUGAUGUUCGUACUUACAGUACGAUAAUAAACGGAAUGUGUAAAUUUGGGAAAACAAAUGUGGCUAUUGGGCUACUAAAGGGAAUGGCUGAUAGAGGUUGUGAGCCAAUUGUUGUGACAUACAAUGCAAUCAUUGACGCACUUUGCAAGGAUGAGCUAGUUGGUGAGGCUUUAGAGCUCUUCUCUCAAAUGAGGAAUAAGGGCAUUUCACCUGAUGUCAUCACUUACACUGGUUUAAUUCACGGUGUUUGCAAAUUAGGCCAAAAGAACCAAGCUUUGGCCUUGAUGAAUGAAAUGGUGGAGCAGAACAUAUCACCUGAUGUUUAUACCUUCAAUGUAUUGAUUGACGCUCUUUGUAAGGAUGGAAUGGUUUCAGAGGCUCAAAAUACAUUCAAUAUAAUGAUUCAAAGAGGUGUAGAGCCUAAUGUGGUCACCUACACUUCCUUAAUUGAUGGUCUUUGCAUUUCAGACCAUUUCAAGGAAGCUUUGGCCUUGUUGAAAGAAAUGGGGGGGAGGAACAUAUCCCCUAAUGUUUUUACCUUCAAUAUAUUGAUCGACACUCUUUGUAAGAAAGGACUGGUUUCAAAUGCACAGAAUACAAUCAAAAUAAUGAUUCAAAGAGGUGUGGAACCUGAUGUUGUCACUUAUAAUUCAUUGAUGGAUGGAUAUUGUCUGCGCAAGCAAAUUGAUAAGGCUAGAAAGGUAUUUGAUCUGAUGAUGACCAAUGAAAUAGCUGACAUUUUGAGCUACAACAUUUUGAUCAAUGGAUAUUGUAAGUGCAAAAUGAUAGAUGAUGCAAAGCAGAUUUUUGAUGAAAUGUCUCAUAAAGGUUUAGUUCCUAAUGCUGUUACUUAUCAUACUCUUAUAAAGGGUAUGUUUCAAGCAGGGAGGCCCCAAAAUGCAAAAGAGCUCUUUAAGGAUAUGUGCUCUUAUGGUAAACAACCAAAUAUAGUAACCUUCUCAAUUAUGAUUGAUGGCUUGUGUAGACAGGGGAAUCUCGAUGAAGCACUCACCCUAUUGAAAGAAAUGGAGGAAAGUCAGUUGAAGCCCGAUCUUGUGACCUAUUGCAUUCUGAUCAAUGGUAUGUGCAAAGUUGGAAAGAUUAAUGAUGCCAAGGAACUUUUUUCUAGUCUUUUUGAAAUUGGUUUACAACCUGAUGUUUAUGUAUAUAAUGCAAUUAUGAAAGGACUCUGCCAACAAGGAUUAAUGGACGAAGCGUAUAAGGUAUUUAGAGAAAUGGAAAAGGAAGGAUGUUUACUGAAUAAUUGUUGUUAUAAUAUCAUCAUUCAAGGGUUUCUCAAGCAUGAGGAUUUACCAAAAGCAUCAGAACUAAUCAACGAAAUGGUUGAUAAGGGGUUCUCUGCUGAUGAUGCUACCACAGAAUUGGUAGUACAUUUAUCGCGGAAUAAUGAUCUCAUUCUGAGGCUUUUAAAGGUGCGCAAUAAGGGAUCAGCAAAUUAAAGUUGUUAUAUCUUGACCAUUCAAGUGUAUCUUGGAGCGCAACUUGGUAAUUACCUUUUUCAAAUAUAAUAGAUAUGUAAUUUAACUAACUUCUUCAAAUAUCAUUUUUAAUUUCAAUCAGCUGUGAUUCUCUUCCACAAAAUGAAAAUUUCUAACACCGCAAAUGACCUGUGGUGGAAACCA